CCGCCCGCGCACUGCAUGCCGGGAGGCGUAGUCCCGCCCUGUUAUCUUCCGGGACCCGCCAGUGCCCUUCGGGGGAAGCGCCGUUGGUGUCACGUGAGGGGUUUGUUGACUUCCUGGAGGGGGCGGGAGGUCCUGGUAACGGCGUCGUCAGGCCGGGCCCCGGGUGGAGGUGAUGGGAGCCCGGAGGAGCCCGAGUGGAGACCGCGGCGGCUGCUGCUUCCUCUUCGCUGAGGCCGCCGCCCGCCAGUGACCGGAGCCGAGCGGACCCCUCACCCCCCCCCGCUGUCAUGGGUGAGCUGGGAGAAGAUGACAUCUGUAUUUUGAAUCAUGAAAAAGCAGAUGGUAUUCACAGAAGAGAAAGAGAGAUUCCUGUUCCAGCAUAUGCAGGGGAUGAGUCCAUUGCUUCACAUUUUGCACUUGUCACGGCUUAUGAAGAUAUCAAAAAACGACUAAAGGAGACAGAGAAGGAGAACUCCUUCUUAAAGAAAAGAGUAAGACUCUUAGAAGAAAAGCUUCUUGGCUCCCGUUUGGAAGAAGAAACUAGCUCAGUUGGACGUGAGCAAGUAAACAAGGCCUAUCAAGCCUAUCGAGAGGCCUGCAUCGACAGAGAUAAUCUGAAAAGCAAACUGGAUAAAACGAUAAAAGAGAAUACAGAGUCCUUCAAAAUCUUGAGUGAGCAGCUGCAGUCUAAAGAAGUGGAGCUCCUACAGCUAAGAACUGAAGUGGAAACUCAACAAGUGAUGAGGAAUCUAAACUCUACUCCAUCUAGCUGGGAAAUAGAGAAGCUGAAUAGUGACCUGAAAGUUCACAGUCUGGAACAGGAACUAGAAAAGCUGAAAAAGGAAUGCAACAGUCUCAGAAAAGAACUGCAGAAGGACCAGGGUCAGGAAUUAAAUCUGUUAAAUGGAGACCUCCUCCAAAAACAAAAUAUUCAGAGUGAAAAUGUGCAGCAAGCAUACUGGGAACUGAAGAGGGAGAUGUCUAACUUGCAUCUGGUGACUGAAGUGCAAGCUGAGGUUCUACGAAAACUGAAAACCCCAACUGCAACCAAGAAAGCUUCUACUAGUGCACCAGUACAAUGUGUUGAAGACGUGGAGAAGAACCUCACAAAGUUAUAUUUGACUUCUUCUGGGGCAGUCUACAAAAAACCCUCUCUUUCACAAAAUGACAAACUUCUCUGCAAUGCCAUAGCUUCCCCUCUCCCAAGAGAUGUAAAAAUCCUGGCUGAACAGGCAAAUCUCCAGUCAUGGACAGAUGAGAGACCCAUCCCGAUUGGCAGCACAACCUGUCAUGAACAAAACUCGUAUGGAAAGAGCUCUCUGGAAGAUAAUUCCUGGGUAUUCCCAAGCCCUCCAAAACCUAGCGAGACAAUGUUUUGGGAAAUGAAAAAUAAAUCAUCUUUGUCAAACUAUCCAAUAGAUUACCUGGAUCAGUGUAAUCAAAACUGCCUGCACAAGAGCUAAGUAGUUCCUGAGAGAGACUGGGGCUGGUUCUGAAUAGGUACCUGAGUACUAGAAUUUUUUAAAGAGAAAAGUAGUUACUUCCACAUUUCACCUUAACUACUUUUGUCUUGUUUCAAGAUUUUGGGAACGGGGGGGCUUGAUCACUCAUUGCUGUAAAUCAGGACUAAAUCAAAGGAGCUAUACUGGUAAUACAGGUGUAAGCAAAUCAGAAUCAGCCCCUAAAUGCUUGGUCCUCUUAUACUGAACAUGACACACACUUGCAAAUAUUACACAGACUGAAUAUGGAACUCUUGGACUAAAUCAAAAUAAUCCAGCUCUGCAUUUCAGUUAGCUGUAUGUACAUAACACUGCUCAUAAAGGCAUUUUGUAUCCUGUGUUAGAAACUUCUUGAAAGCUGUGAGCUUACCUCUGACAGAAGUGUCUUUCAGAUAUAAAACUCUCAGGUAAAGAAUGGAAUUGGAAUGUUAUUUUUACCCCCUCUGGUUUAGGAUAGUCACUGGAUUUAUAAUGUGUGAUAUAUGCCAGAACGAAAUGGUGAGAUUUAUAGGGUUUUUUCCAAAAUCAUGUUUAUGUAACAUGUAUAAACCAAAACUGCUAGGAUACACUGUUCAGACAGCACCUUUUCUUUGGCCUUACUGUAAGUAUUUAAAGAUCAUAAAUAGAUGCUGCUGAAAGCUGAAAUUCACGGACAUAGUUUUUAUUUGUCUCCACUGACAAAGGAAAUUAAUUGCAUUCUACGCACACUGGUGCCUGUUAUAGAAUCACCCUAACCAAAAUGCAAUGAUCUUUGUGUGCCUCAUUAGUGUAUCACCACAAUCUUCACUUUAACUGUAUGGUUUCUAAGGCCACCAAUUUUUUUUUUUUUUGGCCACAAGAACAGAAGCCUUAACUUGAGCAGCUCGGAUGUUAAGUAUUAGUGUUCGAAAUACACAACUGUGCCAUAUCGAUGGGGUUUUUCAUCUGUUGUAUAGAAAACUAAAGUAUUUCAAAUUAUGAAUUUGCUAACUUUAUACAGUUGAGUGUCCAUAUACUGAUGCAUGUGGUUAACUGAUAUAAAGACCAAUUUCUCUUUAAACCAAGGAAGCUUCUAGGCCAGAGGUUCUCGAACUUCUGUAUUGGUGACCCCUUUCACACAGCAAGCCUCUGAGUGAGACGACCUCCCCCCAUAUAAAUUAAAAACACUUUUUUAUAUUUAACACUCUUAUAAAUGCUGGAGGCAAAGCGGGGCUUGGGCUGAAGGCUGACAGCUCAUGACCCCGUGAGGGGUCAUGACACCCAGUUUGAGAACCACUGUUCUAGGCAGUUAAGUCUUGCUCUUUGGAAGAGCACUUUUAGAACUAUUUGGCUUCAUACACCAGGUUUAAAGUGAAAUGGUUGAAAUGUACAAUACUUACAAGGAAAAUUCAACAUUGGGUAUUUCAUAUUCUCAGUGAAUAUAAAGUUUAAUUAGGAGUAAAAUGAUUAGUACUGGUAAUUGUUCUCUGUAUACAGGGAACAAGCAUCCAAAUUCACUGGUCUACCUUAAGGUCAAUGUAAAGAAAAAAUGGAUUUCACAACAGUUAAGCAGUAAAAUAU